GGCUGGGUUUGGUUUGGUUUGCGCAGCGGAGCGUCUUUUUCAGUUUUUCCCGUCUAAAUAUCGAUCUUUCUGCGGGAUUAUUCAACGAGAGACACUAACAACACCCGUCCGAUUGUAAGUAAGGUCUGUGUUUGUGAGCGUCGCUACCAGAUCCGUACUCGAGUUGCAUCUGUCCCUGGCUGAUGAUGUCAUACAGCCGCGCCGAGUGGUCCCAGCCGCGGGACUUCAGCAGCCUCAUCCAGACCUGCAGCGGAAACAUCCAGAAGAUCACACAGAACACUGGUCAGAUUAAGAAUCUUUUGUACCAACUGGGAACUGGAAAUGAGAUCUCCGAGCCUCAGGAGAAGCUGCAGCAGCUUCAGCACUACACAAACCAACUGGCCAAAGAGACAAACCGCCAUCUUAAGGACCUGGGGACACUGCCUCCUCCCAUGUCUCCAUCUGAACAGAGACAACAGAAGCUGCAGAGGGAGCGUCUGAUGAGCGACUUCUCGGCGGCGCUCCAUAACUUCCAGACGGUUCAGAGACGAGCGGCCGACAAAGAGAAGGAGAGUGUGGCUCGAGCGCGCGCCUCCUCCAGGGCUGCGGGAGAUGGAGACAACCUGAACGACCACCUGGUGACAUUUGAAAAAGAGGACGAGUGGGGUCAAGCCGUGACUCAGACUCAGGAGCCGGGAAUGACAGAGGAGGACCUGGAGAUCAUCAGGGAGAGAGAGACCAACAUACGACAACUGGAGGCUGACAUUUUGGACGUGAACCAGAUUUUCAAAGACUUGGCUGUGAUGAUUCACGACCAGGGAGAGAUGAUCGACAGCAUUGAGGCGAAUGUAGAAAACGCAGAGGUCCAUGUGAACAAAGGUGCGGCUCAGCUCCAGAAGGCGGCGUAUUACCAGAGGAAGUCCCGUAAGAGGAUGUGUGUUCUGACCAUGGUGCUUUCACUGGUACUGGUAAUUCUCAUCAUCAUCAUCUGGCAGGCCAUCAAAUGAGAGCAGAGGUCUCUACUUUACGAGUGUUUUUGAACUGUGCGUGUUUGAGUGAGUGAGUGUAUGUGUGUGUGUGUGUGUGUGUGAAUGUGUGUGUGUACGACAGCUGCAGCACUGGACCAUAUGAAACCUGUAACUUAAAGCUAAUCACAUAGGCUGGGUUCACACUGUGGAGGGUGCAGUGGUCUGUAUAAUCACCCAACAGAAAAUCCAAAAAAAUAUUGAACUUUGGACCAAAUUCGAACCAAAUCAUUACAGCAAACUAAAUCUAUCGGUACGACUAUUAUUAUGACAAUAUUAGUUAUGGGAUGAGACAAAAUUUUACGAUACGAGAUUGGGUCCACAAGAUCUGCAAUGCUACUACAAUAUUUGCAUUUUUGUGAAUUUUAUAAGUCUUGUGAACCCAGUCAAUGGAGCUGUCCAAUGGGUUGAGUUUCUUUUAUAUGGAAAUGUAGCACAAACAUAAUGAACUACAUAAAACUGACAACAGGCACUAACAAUAACACAGUAUGGACUUUAUGCUAUAAUAUAUUUACAGUUUAUUUAAAAUCAUUUAUCUUCAGUUAUGAUGAGAUACAAAGGUGUGGAUCCACUGUAGGGCCAUAAAGUAACAACGAGCCUAAACCAGUUUUUAUACCUAAGAGGGAGUGUGGGCUCUAUUCACGCUUACGUUACAAAACCGGAAGACUUUUGGAAACAUGCAGAUGACGACUUCCUUUGGGCUCUGUUGGCGAUAGUAACUCUGAUAAAAAUCUGGGACAAUAGCCUGGUUUUCUUCAUCUAGAUGUCACUCUAUUCUUUCUUUUUUUCCUUUUAUAGAUUGCCUAUUAAUUUAAGUAUUAUAAUUUGUCUAACUUUCCGUAUUUUUCCGACUAUAAAUCGCUCCAGAGUAUAAGUCUCACCAGCCCAAAAAUGCGUAAUGAAGAAGAAAGAAACAUAUAUAAGUCGCACUUUCUAGGGGAAAAUAAUUUUAUAUAAUCAGAGACCAGGAACUGACAUUUCAUCUUGAAAGUCAAGUUGUAGUAAAAACAAUAGAAGAGAGAACAACAGACUGUUAACGUCACAUAUGAACAGUUCUUCAGAUAAACUAUAACAUAAACAACAGAACAGAACAAGUUUAACAAACUCUCCAUCUCACUCCAAAUCACUAAAUCCAUUCAAUUCUUCAUCCUCGGUGUCACUUCUGAGCAACUCCUCGACCUCCGGAGGUAAACAGAGCGUCACUUCCACUUCUGUGUCGCUGUCGUCAGACUCAGCAUCAGUUCCAGUUAGAAUUAUUCCGACCUUUCUGAAUCCCGACAGGAUGGUUUCGGUGUCACUGAAGUUCAGGCUUUGUUCAUCCAUCCAGUGACUUCAGGAAAGUUUCAUGGUGCAUCCUCCCAGUGUCACAAGUUUCUCUCUCACUGCAAACUUUCUUUCUGCUGCUCGAUUAAUGUUUUCAGCUGCAGAAUACAAUUUUCUUUUUGGGGGUGUUUAUGUUCAGUCUUCUCAGUUGUUUUUAUAAGUUAUAAGGGUAAGUUGCACUGGAGUAUAAGUCGCAGGAAACAUCCAAACCAUGAACAAAAGUGCGAAUUAUAGUCAGAAAAAUAUGUUAAUUAAAAAAAAAGAUGUAACUGUCGCGUUCCGUUCGGCAGAUCAACAGUUACAUCCAGCUGCCUGAAAGGGACACUGAAGACGCGAUUAGAGUUUCCAAACGUCUUCCGGUAAGCGUGAAUAGAGCCCAUUCUGUAAAGUAAAAUACCCCCUCUUUAAUAAUUAUGAAAUGCAUAAUAACACCUGUGUAGUGUUUUUCAAGAUACCCCAAAGACAAACAUUAUCAGAGACUCAGAUCAAUACUUUUAUAUUUUACUUUGAAACAAAUAAAGGUACUAAAACCAGGUACUUUAAUAAUAUAAUUUAAUUUAUAUUCAAUUAAAUGGUUGUAGACUUCAGAUAAUUGACACUUUGCAGUGAGAUCAUGCUGGGAGCAUACAUGCAUGUCUAUGGUAGAAUGUUUAGCAGUUACCAUGGAAACACGAGGCACACAUUAGCAAACGCAGCCUAAUACACUUUUAGAGUGGAGUGUGGAAAAGUUGAAUACGCUCCGUCGUAGCGUUUCCGUCUUCACUGCCCAAGACGCAAAACUCUGGUCAGAUCUGCUCAGGUCGUGUACGAGUUUGUCACAUACGUCACCACCGAGCCGCCUGGCAUGCAGACCCAAAUGAAUUUCACACACUAUUGCAUCACCCUAUGCACACAGUUUUCCUCCUGAAGACGCUCAUCUAAAUGCAGAAAAAAAUGUGACGCCACUUUUGCGUCUUCUGUUCAGACCGUCAUCAUAUAAACGUGGCCUUGGAUUCUGUCUCAGAAUCCUUGCUCAGUCUCCUCCGAGCUCUGCCAACUUCUGCCGUCUGGCAACGUCCUCAAACCUUUGAGUCGGAUGGAUAAACGAAUGCACCAUAAUAUCUGAGUCAUUUCACACAGAAAAGACUUUUCAGAUCCACAAGUGACACAUUUCAGCUGUGGUAACUGCACAUUAAUUAAUUCAUCAUUGCAUUUAUACAGCGCCUUUUAAGAUACUCAAAGCUCUUUACAGUUCAUUAUUCAGUCACUUCACACUCAGUGGUGGUAAACUACUACUGUAGCCACAGGUGCCCUGGGGCACACCAUUGGCCCCUCCGACCACCACCGUCACUCACACACACACCACUUUCAUACUAGGCAAUGUGGGUGAAGUGUCUUGCCUAAGGACACAACAACAGUUUUUGCCACUGGCGCCGCACAACGAGGUGCCGUGUGUUCUGCAGUUUUCACACACUUCUCGGACUCCACGGCUUGCAUUAAAACUGCACAACGCACGGCUCCAAGUUGUUUAAUGUUUACUUAACACGACACAUUUUCAGGAGCCUGUGAUCAAUACGAGCGUCCAUGGUCUUGUUAAGAAAACGUGAGAGUGACUAACUAAAAAACUGUUGAGAUGGACUUGUUUAACUGCACAAAUACUGCUCUUUCUAGUCAGAUUGUGUUAAAAUAAAGCUCUGAUUAAAGUCUAACUUGAGUUCCAGAGCUUCAGACAGAGCAGUGCCUCCAGUGAGCGUCACACCCCCACAUCUGCUGCAAAGUGUCAAUUACAAUGACAUUUUUGUAAACUCAAGCUUUAGAGAAAGACUUGACUUCAUGGCACAAACACUAAUAUGAAGCUCUAACCGACACUAAAAUAAAAUGAAGAAAAUGUGAUGAAAAUAGAUGUUUACUUUUAUUUAAUAUUUACACUACAGUAAUGUUUAUUUGUCCAUUUUAACAUAUGUCGUAUUUGUUGGUGCAACUGACUUCUGCUGAAACUGCCAGUCGCUCGUAUUUACCUCUUUGUAAAGUGACUCCGUGGAAAAACAACAAAAAUAAAGGUUUGUUGCUGAAUAAAACUGAAAAAUAAAACUGCUCUGUGUAACAAACUGCCACAUGUAAAUAUUUAAACCACAACAAAUGCUCUUAAAAUACUUAAAAGUUCCAUAUUACACUGUUUUCUGAUCUAUGUUCUAAUGUUUCCUCCUCACAAACAGACCUGGACUUGUGUUUUGUUUAAUUUGCACAAACCCUGCAAAUUUAGGUUCUUCUCUCAAACAGAAAACACUGCUGUUCCACCUUGUGAUGUCAUGUGGUGAUACAGGAAGUGUUCCAUUGUGUUUUUAAGCUCCAUGCACCUUCACUAGAAUCAUGUGGAUAAUUUCAGCCCUGGAAUUUCCGAUCUCUACUCAACUAAAAGUAAAAGGAGCUGUUCACUUGAAAAAUGACAUCACAAGGUGGAACAGAGCAUUUUGAGAUUUGGAGAUGUAGACAGACAAAUAAUAAAGUGUUACUCAAACGUGUGAGUGAAACAAACCACAACUCCAGGUACACAGCAAAAACUGGAGGGUUAAAGUUUCAGGGUAAAAUAUUUGAGUUGUUUUUAAUACAAAAAGUGUUAGUUUAACUAUUUGAAAGUUAAAUGUGGGUUAGAGUUGGGGUUAUUUGCCGGAGUUGAUAUAGUUGGAGUUAAUUCCAUAUUUCCCUUAGUGUUAAUUUGGCUCCUCCCACCCACCACUACAAACUCCCACGAGAGAAGACCAGUUUGAGCCAGUUUUGUUCAUAAUUUCAUCUUAAAUUAACUAAAAUAAAGUGUAAAAAUAAACCAUGUCUGUGUGUUUAGCUAAAUCAGGAUAACUCUACAAAAGUGUUAACUGUUUACUCUCAAAACAUUCAUAUAACUCUUGAUUUUGGGGUUAAACAGGAACUUUACUAUCCUGAUUUAUCAGCCAGUUUCACUUUGUGGAAACCGUCUGACCUCGCAGCAUUAGGAUUUAUUCACUCAGCAGCAGACAGGUUUUAUUUAACCAAUCACUGCUGUUUGGUCGCGAUGUAUGUAAUGCGCCACUAAUGUUGCUAACUGGUUAUAUGUUGUUUAUAUUAAGCUUUUCCCAAAUCCUGUAGGAAGAAAGGCAAUAAAGUCUUUCCCCAUGAUAAAAUUCACCAAACAUUCUCUUUGUUUUAGCUUUAAAUCCUCAGUCUCGAGAAUCAUUGCCAACACAGAAUAUAUGUCUCUUCGCUUAUUGGCUGAUGCCCGAACUUGCACUUGCAAACCGUCUAGUGUAUUUAUUCCGAUUCCUGACCUAGUCGCUGGAGAGAAAUGAAAUUGAGCGGAGACACUAGGUGGCGCCAGCCUGGUUAGAACUUUGGUCCAUUGUUACUUAAUUAACAUUCCCAAAAUGUUAAAUUAACUCUAGAACAGAUUGGACUCAUAUAAACCCUGAGAAAAUGUUAAAGUUGAUUUUGUGAGAGUGAAUUUUAACACUCCACUGUUUGCCGUGUUUGUUUUUGAGGAGGUAACAACAUUCUAACAUGACUAAAAGCUCACAAGAGUCGAUUUUGUGUAAUACAGAACCUUUAUGUGAUUCUGUGGUUGUGUUUUUCUGGAGGAGUUGUAACACAAAUACAACGUGCGUAUCUACUAGUCUAUGGCCUUAUCUAUUUUCAUGCAGCUGUGUAAUGUGGGUUUGUAAAUUUACACUGGAUGAAGCUUUAUUACACUUUUUUCCUUGUAUUUAGUCUCACUGUAACAUAUGUAAUCAGAAUCGUACCACUACUUGCUUUUAAAACUUGUAUUAUUUAUGGAAUUUAUUUAAAAAAAAACAUCUAUAGGUUCCAGCCACCACCGUUGCCAUAGCAGCAAACAACAAUUGAGACCAACAUUUUAUAUAUUUUGAUUCUUUUAAACCGACCAAUACUGCACUUUGGCUUUGCAGCACAAUGUCAUUUUUACUCUCAAAUAUGUUCCGUUGUUGUUUUUUUUAUUUUUUUUUAUUUUAAAGGUGCAUUGCGUAACUUUUUUGGUAGAAGGUCCAUGUAGAUCUCCAGGGAGACAAGACACAUCGCUUAGACCAAGUUACAGGUCAGAUCUGUGGAGCGUUGGCCCACCUCACUGUAAUAAUGUGAGUUUUUGAGAAAUAAAAACACCCGCAACUGAAUAAAUACAAGAUAUAUUGGUUUAAUGCCGUACUGUGGAACAUUUAUUCAGACAGUAAUGCAUAAAACGUGCAUAGAAAACGUAAAUGCAUAAAUACAAAACAAAAAAUAAUGAAUGAAAUAAAAAAUGGAGACAGGCAGAUGGCAAAUCCUCCACCAGAAAAGUUACACAGUGCACCUUUAAUCUGUAUAUCUGUGUAUCUAACCCACAUUUGACCAAAAAAAAAAAAACUUAUCAAAAUAUAAUCGUUGACAAAAUGAACAUGUAUGAGGAAAAUGAAGGAGAAGAGAAAAACUGUAAUAAUAAAAAUCUGCCUCUGUUA